AUGGACACCAGAUCGCUACGGCCUCAGGGCUUUCUCGGUUACUUCUUUCUCGUUGUGCGAAUUCUGUCGAUAGUUGCUUCGGGGCUUGUUGUAGGGUUCACGGUCAACUUCAUAGUUGCUUUCAACAAAGCAGGACUUGGGCUGCCGCCAACAAUUGUGGCAUUAGUGGCUUUGACCAGCACAGCACUACUCUACACCCUAGUCACUAUUACGAGCUUCAGUCGGCGAUUCGUCCCAUAUAUCGCCACUAUAGUUCUGGAUUUCGUCCUUCUUAUUCCAGCUGUAACUGUCACAGUACUCCUGGCCCAGCCCGUGACCAAAAGGUCAUGCGCCGCCAUCGCUCCUUCAACCACCUUCACAAUUACCGUGCCACCCAAUACCUCAUUCGGCCAAACAACAUUCCCAUCCAACACCAACGGGAAAGAGGCCUGCUACCGGGUAUUCGCCAUCUGGAUCUCCCUCAUCGUCCUUUCUGCCCUGUUCAUCCUCAGCACGCUUUCCUCCCUCCUACUCCAACUGCGCGAGCGCAAGCUUCAACGACAGGAAUACGACUUUAAUGAAAAUUCGUCCGACCCUCUCAACCGCCCCGGCACCGAUUUCUUCACCCAACGUCCCAUCACCAUCAUCUCCAACCCCUCUAGAGAUUAUUCCACCGGCCGCAAGCCCAAAAACAAAUGGGACAGCUUCGGCGACUGGGAUCGCGACCUCGACGAGAAAAAGUCCCAAUGGCGCCCAGCAAGUCAAAGAAUCGACAGCUGGAACACCGCCAGCAGCACCACCCUUCCAUACAAAACCAAAGACGAAAUCCCCCGCUCCAACACAAGGGAAUACCGCCCCCGCAACAACCGUCUCGACUCCCCUACCCUCCCCAACCGCCCCUCCGACCUCGCCAAAGCCUACCGUGCCUACCGCACCACCGGAGCGACUCCCACCUCCCCCUCCACCCGCCCCCGCUCUCGACAGCGAGGUCUACCGGGUAACCCCCAGUAG